AUGACCGAACGCAUUGAGCAACGAUACUGUUUCAAAUUCUGCCAAAAACUUGGUGAUACGCAAACCAAGACUAUCGAGAUGAUUCAGAAGGCCUUUGGAGAUGAUGCUAUGAGAAAAACACAAAUGAAGGAGUGGUACAACUGGUUCAAAGAUGGCCACACCUCAGUGGACAGUGAGCCACGUUGUGGCAGACCAUCGACUAACAGAAACGACGAGAUGAUUGCAAAGGUUCGAGGAAUAGUCUAUGAAGACUGUCAUGUGACUAUUGAAGAGAUUGUUGCCGAAGUUGGAAUCAGCCAUGGAUCAGUUCAAUCAGUUCAUUCCGCCCAAAUCGUCGAAGCAUUCCUCGUCAAGCAAAACACACCACUUGUUCGUCAGGCUUCCUACCCCCCAGACUUGACUCCAUGUGACUCAAAAAAAUACCCAAAGGGAGAAUAUUUGAGUCAAUAG